AGUCAUUUAAUAACCUAACCUAUGUGCAAGUUAGCGUUUGUUGAUUCAAUUUAGCAAGUUCUGGUCACUGCAGGAUGCUGUUUUGAAACUGGAUGUAAAGGGUGAGUGGCCUCUAAAAUAUGUGUUUAACGCUGAGUUAGUGCAUUAAGAUACUUUUUAAUCUCAGUCUAAACUUCACUGAAUGUAUCAUUUUAUGUAAAUGGUGUAUUGUUGAGGCCAUUGAAGGAAUCUGCAGACUUCUCAAAUACCUUACUGAUGUAGCAAUUGUAGGUCCGUUAACGCAGCAUUUUGACAAUGAAAUAUACUUACAUUAUUUACUUAGUCCUUAUCUUCUACCGCUGUAGUGUCUUGCCACAGUCCGUUACCUGUCCCAUGAGACCCAUCUACUCCAGCACAGCCGCCACUGUCCGUCAAUAUGUGUCCAAGCCAUCAGAUCCUACACAUCUUGAUUUCACGGGCAAUAUUCCUACUGCCAGUCUUCUUAUACAUGUUAGCAUUAGAUAUCUUAUUUUGCCAGUGCAAAGCAAACCAUUGUGUGAAAUAUACCACUUCAUAAUUGAAAUAUCACAAUACUCAACUUCAAAUUGUUUGAGGCACCGGAGUGUGUCAUUGAGUGAUUGCUGGGCUGGAACAAAAGCCUGUGCACUCCAUGGCCCUCUAAGAAGUAAUGUCAGGAUCAAUGACUUAACUAGCUAGCUGAGAAAGAUUGACUUGAAAUGUAAACGGUACCGACUCAAUAUUCUCAAUAAUCCAUAAUUUACUUAACGCUGUUUGUUUUUGGUUUAUUAAAAAUAUUUCUGACCGUUUGUUACAGUUACCUGGCUAACCUAUUGAUUCUGCUUUGUGACAUACCCUGUAGGACUACGUUGGCCACUCCUUCCUUUGCUCAGCCAACGCCUGGUGCAACAAAUCAAGAGUAAUCAAUUAGUAUAAUGAAAUUAAAUUCAGGUGUGCAGAUUGAUAGUAUCUGCUGGACUUUUUUCACUGGGAAACUAAAAUCAAAUGUCGUACUUCGCCAAGCCCUUGAUACUUAGUCUAAAUGAAUGUCCACAGGUGUAUUUAAUUGCCUCCUUUCACAGGGUAAUCUAACUGCGGUAAAUAGAAUUUCAUCCAACUGCAAAGGGAAUCCUCCAUGAAUGUUAUCAUUGGAGGAUUAUCCCACACCCUUGGGUUUGACAAGUAAAUUCAGGCCCAUACUGUCAAAGAGGGGGGUCACAUGGAGCUAAUCUCUGAAACCCAGAACAAAUCUUAUGUAAUUGCGUCAAAUGCUCAAUUAGGUUCUGGGGGGAAAUGUAUGAAAAAAGUCUUCACCCUCCUAAACGGAAACUCUUUACAUGGAGCAAAUGCAUCCCAUUACAUUUUCAGCUGCAGGUAGUACUGGAUUUCUAUGAUGGGGCAGUUUAAGGAAUGACAUUCCAUGAGAGAACAUUACUUUUUCAAAGAUAAUUUGAAAACUUGUACUAAUGUCAUUACAGAUUCUUUCAACUCAAUGGGGUUUAUUUUAUUGCUUGAAAACACUGGAAAUCUUAGACUGGCUUUAAGAGUUGUCCUAAAUGUUGGCUAAGAUGGCAUGGCACUAUGCAAGGCUACUUGAUUGUUUGAUUUGUUUUCAUUCCUAUUUUGCUGAAUGAGAGAGCAGAACUUAACGCUUAGUUGGCUAUAGCCUGGAAACCUGAUGGUUUAUUUCAUGGAAUUCUACGUCAGGCAUAAAUGAGCGUUUGGAUCAGGAAAGUUUCCUCUCACGACCUCUACAAGCCAGAAUGUUGAAUAAAAAUAUAUUUUAACUUACUUUACCGUUUGUCCGUGUGGUUGGUCUGUUUGCAGGUAGGAAUGUGAGACAAUAUCCACAGGAAAGUAUAAUUAAAUCAAUGUGUUCAGAUUUCUGUCACCUGACGCAUACGCAGAACAAUGUAAGCAUGAGCCUGGCAAGUAGGCAUGAAUCACGUGCGUGUAUUUUCAUGUGCAUGCUUCAAUGAAAUUCAACAUUGGGUUUCCAGGCUAGGUUGGCUAUUGCGUUUAAGUCAAGUGUAGAAGGGGAGCGUUCUUGUAUCCUACCUUCUCUCCACCUUGCUGCUUGGAGAAACUAGCAGUCUAUGUGAAUGCUGCUAGGUUUUGCACUAACAUAGCAUUUCUUACACGACAUACAUGGACAAGCCCUGAUAUUUCAUACAGAUCUAUUUUGAAAAGAAUGAAUGAAAGACAAACAUCCAACAGAUUUAGUUAAUAGAUGAAUACACAUUUGACAAAAACUCUCAGAAUUGGAUAAUCGCCUGAUGAUCACCAGCGUCCGGUACAACGGUCUAUGGCCCGUGACAUGAAAGGUCAAAAGCGGUAAGGGAGGAGCGCCAUUCUCAAGUCGAACAGUAAUUUGCGCCGCACGCUCAUGCUGUCAACAUAGCAGCAUGGCGCAUCACUAAGAAACAUGCAUCUCUUUUUCAUAAAAUAUAUGUUAGAAUUUUCAAACUAGCUUUCAUUGGGAAGGCAGAUAAAGCGUUUUUAUCAAAAUCAAUCACUUUUGCAUGUGAACAGAAUCCUACUCAUUACUCCACGUGCUUAACACACUUUUUUGUUUUGAGCCGACUUCGCCGUCGGCCAGAGCAGGGCACCUGGCUCACGCCCAGGAGGCAGCCCAGUUCCAAAACAAAUGCAAUCACUUUUCACAUGGUGCAAACACCUCCCACCGGGGCCAGAUAUUCGAAUUCCCUCACUGCAUCACCUGCUUGUGUUGCCAGGCAGGCUUUGCACUCUACCAAUCAGAGUUGACAGGGUGUAAAGAGGAGGAGGGGCUGCAUGAUGUGGGUGUGUCCUAUCUUGGACUUCAACAAAAGUGUGUACAGUCGUGGUCAAAAGUUUUGAGAAUGACACAAGUGUUGGUCUUCACAAAGUUCGCUGCUUCAGUGUUAUGAGAUAUUUUUGUCAGAUGUUACUAUGGUAUACUGAAGUAUAUUUACAAGCAUUCCAUAAGUGUCAAAGGCUUUUAUUGACAAUUACAUUAAGUUUAUGCGCCGCCGCAACCUUCGCUCUCUCUCUCCCACUACUCUCUCCUCUUCCAUCCUAUCAUCUCUUCCCUCUGCUCAAUCCUUCUCCCUCCAAUCUCCUGAUUCUGCCUCCUCAACCCUCCUCUCCUCCCUUUCUGCAUCCUUUGACUCUCUGUGUCCCCUAUCCUCCCGGCCGGCUCGGUCCUCCCCUCCAGCUCCGUGGCUUGAUGACUCAUUGCGAGCUCACAGAACAGAGCUCCGGGCAGCGGAGCGGAAAUGGAAGAAAACUAAACUCCCUGCCGACCUGGCAUCUUUUCACUCCCUCCUCUCUACAUUUUCUUCAUCUGUUUCUGCUGCUAAGGCCACCUUCUACCACUCUAAAUUCCAAGCAUCUGCCUCUAACCCUAGGAAGCUCUUUGCCACAUUUUCCUCCCUCCUGAAUCCUCCCCCCCCCCCCCCCCCCCCCCCCCCCCCCCCCCUCCUCUCUCUCUGUGGAUGACUUCGUCAACCACUUUGAAAAGAAGGUUGACGACAUCCGAUCCUCGUUUGUUAAGUCUAAUGACACUGCUGGUCCUGCUCACACUGCCCUACCCUAUGCUUUGACUUCUUUCUCCCCUCUCUCUCCAGAUAAAAUCCUGCGACUUGUGACUGCAGGCCGCCCAACAACCUGCCCGCUUGACCCCAUCCCCUCCUCCCUUCUCCAGACCAUCUCCGGUGACCUUCUCCCCUACCUCACCUCGCUGAUCAACUCAUCCUUGACCGCUGGCCAUGUCCCUUCCGUCUUCAAGAGAGCGAGAGUUGCUCCCCUUCUCAAAAAACCAACACUCGACCCCACUGAUGUCAACAACUACAGACCAGUAUCCCUUCUUUCUUUUCUUUCCAAAACUAUUGAGCGUGCCGUCUUUAGCCAACUCUCUUGCUAUCUCUCUCAGAAUGACCUUCUUGAUCCAAACCAAUCAGGUUUCAGGACUGGUCAUUCAACUGAGACUGCUCUUCUCUGUGUCACGGAGACUCUCCGCACUGCUAAAGCUAACUCUCUCUCCUCUGCUCUUGUCCUUCUAGACCUGUCUGCUGCCUUUGAUACUGUGAACCAUCAGAUCCUCCUCUCCACCCUCUCCGAGCUGGGCAUCUCCGGCGCGGCUCACUCCUGGAUUGCGUCCUACCUGACCGGUCGCUCCUACCAAGUGGCGUGGCGAGAAGCUGUCUCCGCACCACGUGCUCUCACCACUGGUGUCCCCCAGGGCUCAGUUCUAGGCCCUCUCCUUUUCUCCCUAUACACCAAGUCACUUGGCUCUGUCAUAUCCUCACACGGCCUCUCCUAUCAUUGCUACGCUGACGAUACACAACUAAUCUUCUCCUUUCCCCCUUCUGAUAACCAGGUGGCGAAUCGCAUCUCUGCAUGUCUGGCAGACAUAUCAGUAUGGAUGACGGAUCACCACCUCAAGCUGAACCCUGGCAAGACGGAGCUGCUCUUCCUCCCGGGGAAGGACUGCCCGUUCCAUGAUCUCGCCAUCACGGUUGACAACUCCGUUGUGUCCUCCUCCCAGAGUGCGAAGAGCCUUGGCGUGACCCUGGACAACACCCUGUCGUUCUCCGCUAACAUCAAGGCGGUGACCCGCUCCUGCAGGUUCAUGCUCUACAACAUUCGGAGAGUACGACCCUGCCUUACACAGGAAGCGGCACAGGUCCUAAUCCAGGCACUUGUCAUCUCCCGUCUGGAUUACUGCAACUCGCUGUUGGCUGGCCUCCCUGCAUGUGCCAUUAAACCCCUACAACUCAUCCAGAAUGCCGCAGCCCGUCUGGUGUUCAACCUUCCCAAGUUCUCUCACGUCACCCCCCUCCUCCGCACACUCCACUGGCUUCCAGUUGAAGCUCGCAUCCGUUACAAGACCAUGGUGCUUGCCUUUGGAGCAGCGAGGGGAACGGCACCUCUGUACCUUCGGGCUCUGAUCAGUCCCUACACCCAAACGAGGGCAUUGCGUUCAUCCACCUCUGGCCUGCUGGCUCCCCUUCCUCUGCGGAAGCAUAGCUCCCGCUCAGCCCAGUCAAAACUGUUCGCUGCUCUGGCACCCCAAUGGUGGAACAAGCUCCCUCACGACGCCAGGACAGCGGAGUCACUCACCACCUUCCGGAGACAUUUGAAACCCCACCUCUUUAAGGAAUACCUGGGAUAGGAUAAAGUAAUCCUUCUACCCCCCCCCCCCCCCCCCCCCCCCCCCUCCCCCACACACAGCGGAGUCGCUCACCACCUUCCGGAGACAUUUGAAACCCCACCUCUUUAAGGAAUACCUGGGAUAGGAUAAAGUAAUCCUUCUACCCCCCCCCCCCCCCCCCCCCAAAAAAAAAGCGUCUGCUAAAUGACUAAAAUGUAAAUGUAAAUGUUAUGCAAAGAGUCAAUAUUUGCAGUGUUGACCCUUCUUUUUCAAGACCUCUGCAAUCCGCCCUGGCAUGCUGUCAAUUAACUUCUGGGCCACAUCCUGACUGAUGGCAGCCCAUUCUUGCAUAAUCAAUGCUUGGAGUUUGUCAGAAUUUGUGGGUUUUUGUUUGUCCGCUCGCUUCUUGAGGAUUGACCACAAGUUCUCAAUAGGAUUAAGGUCUGGGGAGUUUCCUGGCCAUGGACCCAAAAUGUAGAUGUUUUGUUCCCCGAGCCACUUAGUUAUCACUUUUGCCUUAUGGCAAGGUGCUCCAUCAUGCUGGAAAAGGCAUUGGUCGUCACCAAACUGUUCUUGGAUGGUUGGGAGAAGUUGCUCUCGGAGGAUGUGUUGGUACCAUUCUUUAUUCAUUGCUGUGUUCUUAGGCAAAAUUGUGAGUGAGCCCACUCCCUUGGCUGAGAUGCAACCCCACACAUGAAUGGUCUCAGGAUGCUUUACUGUUGGCAUGACACAGGACUGAUGGUAGCGCUCACCUUGUCUUCUCCGGACAAGGUGUUUUCCGGAUGCCCCAAACAAUCGGAAAGGGGAUUCAUCAGAGAAAAUGACUUUACCCCAGUCCUCAGCUGUCCAAUCCCUGUACCUUUUGCAGAAUAUCAGUCUGUCCCUGAUGUUUUUCCUGGAGAGAAGUGGCUUCUUUGCUGCCCUUCUUGACACCAGGCCAUCCUCCAAAAGUCUUCGCCUCACUGUGCGUGCAGAUGCACUCACACCUGCCUGCUGCCAUUCCUGAGCAAGCUCUGCACUGGUGGUGCCCCGAUCCCGCAGCUGAAUCAACUUUAGGAGACGGUCCUGGCGCUUGUUGGACUUUCUUGGGCGCCCUGACGCCUUCUUCACAGCAAUUGAACCUCUCUCCUUGAAGUUCUUGAUGAUCUGAUAAAUGUUUGAUUUAGGUGCAAUCUUACUAGCAGCAAUAGGCCUUUUUGUGCAAAGCAAUGAUGACAGCAUGUGUUUCCUUGCAGGUAACCAUGGUUAACAGAGGAAGAACAAUGAUUUCAAGCACCACCCUCCUUUUAAAGCUUCCAGUCUGUUAUUCUAACUCAAUCAGCAUGACAGAGUGAUCUCCAGCCUUGUCCUCGUCAACACUCUCACCUGUGUUAACGGGAUGAAUCACUGACAUGAUGGCAGCUGGUCCUUUUGUGGCAGGGCUGAAAUGCAGUGGAAAUGUUUUUUGGGGAUUAAGUUCAUUUUCAUGGCAAAGAGGGACUUUGCAAUUAAUUGCAAUUCAUCUGAUCACUCUUCAUGACAUUCUGGAGUAUAUGCAAAUUGCCAUCAUCAAAACUGAGGCAGCAGAUUUUGUGAAAAUGAGUAUUUGUGUCAUUCUUAAAACUUUUGACCACGACAGUACAGGGAAAGUCUGUGCUCCCACUUCUAUUUGAAUCAAAUGCAUUGCAAUUAAGUAUAGUAAAACAAAAACAAACUUGUACAUGAUUGACAUUCUUUUGCUCUCUUCUCCACCACCUUUCAGGUCAAACAUGGAUGUUGCUGUCGCAGAGGAACCCCUGAGGAAAAUCUUCAGAGCAAAAAAGACUAUGAAAGUCAGUGAUCGACGGCAACUGGAAUCCCUUCACACCACUCUUUCCUCUCUAUGUUCUAUCCCAUCCCCACCUCAGCCAGCAAUGGUAAAUGGGAAGCAAUCUGAAGAUGUGUCCAUGGAAGUAGAUAAAGAAACACAUAGAACUACACAUACCACCACUCCUGCCCCUUCCUCCCUGACAGCCACAUCCCUAACCACUGAGACCUCUGAGGAACCAUCAACCUCUGCAUUACUGGUUCCUUCAUCACAGAACAUACACUCUGAUGUAAAAGAUGUUCAGGAAGAUGAAGGAGAGGGGAACAAGGAGGCUACAUUACCCAGCCUCGAGGUAGAAGACAAAAUGAAUGGCGUGAUGAAGGGGGAUAAAGAUUCCAAGGAGGAUGUUAUCCCUGCCUCUCCUGUGAGUUCAGAGAAAACAGAAGCGGUAAGGGAGAAAGAGGUUGAUGAUAUGGAAAUAGACCUGGUACCAGGUACCACUCAGGACACAAUGCCCAUAUUGAACCCUGCCUCCUCCCUCCUCCUGUCCCCCAACACGGCUGUAGAGUCUGUCUCUUCCCCCUCCCUCUCCCCAUCAUACACGGUAGAGUCAGACCAGGAUGUCAGGCCAGGAUUCCUGGUGCUUAGUGAUGAUGACGAUGUCCAGGAUGAGAGAGAAAAAUAUGAGAAAGAGAAAGAACAGAGGGAAAGUGAAGAAGGAGGGGUGGGAAAAGUUGAGGUUAACAUGGAGAAGCAAGAACAAUUUGAAAGUGGUGCUCCAGUUGACUGUCCAUCCCCUUCAUCACCGAUGCCCCUUCAGAUUGAUGAAGGUAAUCCUAUAGUCCUUUCCAAUACCAACUGAAGCACCGAAGUGAUUAUGUCAAGUUCAGUUAAUAUGUUUGCUAGGUUGACUUCAAUUGGCCUGUUAGCUAGCGGAGAGAUAUAUAUUUUCAAGAUGUUAGCUUUGAUAACAGCGGUGUUUUGAUAGAUGAUACUGUAAUGUUUUGUGUUCUCUCUAAACAAGAAGAGGAGGGUGCUGCUCUACAGAGGAAACGAUCCCUGUCUGGAGACAGAGGAUGGCGGCCAAAAGCAGGGAGAAAGAGAUGUGGAAGUGGUGGAGAGGCAUCACAAGAAGCCCAGAGUAGACUGUGAAGAGCUGGAGGCUCAUGUGGAACUGAAGAUCAGUGGGAGCGCUGAAAGGCAACACAAGCUGAAGAAGGUUGGUCCUCAAAUGAAAGGUGUUUUCUUUUUUAUUUAAAGAAACCACAUCUCAAUUCCCAAAUUGUAAUCAUGUAUCCUGAGUUGCAUGGCAUAUUUUUGCUAUUUUAAGACCUUUUUCUGACAAGUAUUAAUUUUUUAUUUUUAUGGUGCUACCUUCUUGUUUUUUUGAGUGUUAUUUAUUUAAAAAAUCUCAGUUGGACUGGUUUCAAGUUUAAACAAAUAAAAUAACCUUCCAUCUUUAUUUUUCCUCACUUGCCCAUUAAAAUCCCUCUCCCCUCCCUCUCCUCUGUAGGUGGUGCAGCAUCUUGUUGAGGAGCAGUUGCGUGUUCUGCAGCUCACACUGUUUGACAAGAGUCUUCAGGGGCUCAGAGACAGAGUGGACAAAAUAGAAAAACACCCGAGUGCCCUCAACAGCCUGCAGGUUAGUUGUCAAAGGAUGGUAAAUAUGGGCCUCCUGUAGCUCAGUUGGUAGAGCAUGGCGCUUGCAGCGCCAGGGUUGUGGGUUCGAUUCCCACGGGAGGCCAGUAUGAAAAAUGUAUGCACUCACUAACUGUAAGUCGCUCUGGAUAAGAGCGUCUGCUAAAUUACUAAAAUGUAAAAAAAAUGUAAAUAAAACACAAACAGGGUAAUCAAGGAUAAAGACAUUGGAAUGUAUUGCCCAUUAGACAAGCCAAUCCAUGCUCCACGUGUGCCCUUUCAGGCAAAGAUUGCCCGACUUUCCAAGAAAGUUGGAACUGCCAACCAGGCCAGGGAGAAUGCCAAGAAACCUCCAGAGGUGAGUGAAAAUGGAGGAAAUUGAUCUUUCAAUGAUGACUGUGAUGUCAGUGAUUUCAGAGGGAACUUGCCUUUUUGAAAGGUUGAUGGUACCAUUGGAACUCCAUACAAAGUGCUCUUCCCUAUAUUCAUCAGGUACCAUUGCCACCUACCUCUACUUAUGCCACAGCAACCACCUCAGCAGGAUCAGCAAUUCUCGGCCUGAGGUAAGUCAAUGGUUUGAAGUGUAGCAGCGUGUCCCAAUUAAUCAGAGGGAAAAAUGUUUCACCAGAGGGUAGCCCAAAGCAGUAGGUGCAUUGACAACGAAUAAUCAAUUUGUCAUUAAGAGUUAUCUGGGAUAAAAGCAAUUGAUUGGAUGCACAGUGAUGUCAUACUGUAUCUCUCAGCAUCCACUUAUGUUUGUGUUCACCAUCAUUCUCCACUGAGCAACCUUUUGAUCAGCUUCCUGACUCCUCUGCCUGUACUCACUUUCCUCUCCUCUCCUUGUAAACAGAACAAUGGGGAACAACACACAGGAUCCAAAGCGUAUUGAUCAGAGCAGUCAAACCCCUACUCCUGUACGUAAUGAUCAGAGCAGUCAAACCCCUACUUCUGUACCCACAGGUAAGCAGGAGGGAGUUAGUCUGUUGGCAGGUUUCUCCUUAUCUUAAUCUGUGUGUUUUCUUUAACCACCUGAUAUUAUGUUUUUUAUAUAGUCUAUCUUCACUUUUUAAAUCUCCAUUUAUUUCUGUUCCACAAGCCCCCUUGCUACCUUCCCCCUCUUCCACAUCCUCAACUGGAUCUCAACCCACGUCCCAAACCUUGAUGCUGAGCACCUGUGUUACCCCAGCACCAGGUCAGUCUGCCUUCUCUCUCCAGCCAUUCCUCAUACAGCUGCCUGGUGGAGGGACAGCCAUCCUUACCAACCAAACCAACUCCCAGCUAAUCCCAGUGUCCGCACUUACCGCCAUGACGAGUUCCACCAUGACACCCACCGCUGCCUUCAUCCUGCAGAGGACUACUCCCUACACCCCUGCUGCUCCCAAGCCCCCCUCCGCAGCCACCCUCUUAUCUCAUUUCGCUGCCACACCCACAAAUACACCCACACCCACAACCAUGACUACACCCACUGACACACCAGCUGCCACAACCUCUCACAUGGCCACAACCACACCCAGGGCCAUAACCACAACCACACCCAGGGCCAUAACCACAACCACACCCAGGGCCACAACCAUAACCACACCCACACGCAGGGCCACAACCACAACCAUGGCCACAACCACACCCAGGGCCACAACCACACCCAGGGCCACAACCAUAACCACACCCAGGGCCACAACCAUAACCACACCCAGGGCCUCAACCAUAACCACACCCAGGGCCACAACCAUAACCACACCCAGGACCACAACCACAACCACACCCAGGGCCACAACCACACCCAGGGCCACAACCAUAACCACACCCAGGACCACAACCAUAACCAGGGCCACAACCACACCCACACCCAGGACCACAACCAUAACCCCACCCACACCCAGGACCACAACCAUAACCACACCCACAUGCAGGGCCACAACCAUGGCCACAACCACACUCUGUGCCACACCCAAUGACGCCCACCCUGGAGCCACUGGGACAGUCAGCAGGCCCAGCUCAGGUGUGUCUGUCUCCGUCUGUGAGUCCAUUCGGCUUGUGUCUGUUGCGAACUCCACUUCAACUACAUCCUUACCAAGAUUCUCAAUGCCAGCCACCACAGGCACUCAACCCUCUGUGCGACCAGAUGCCUCUGUGCAUCCAGCUGCCCCAGCGCAACUAGCUGCCCCGGCACAACUAGCUGCCCUUGUACCACAGGUGCCUGCAAAAACAGGUUAGCUUACACCUCAGAUGUUUGGCUUGUCAUCUUGGAAGAGUAAAUGUAAAGAGUUUGUUUUUGUCCGGAUUCUGUGUCAUUUAAACUGAGAAGCUGUGUUUUCCUACACUCUGCUAUGUAGGUAGUCAAGCUACAAACCCUCCUUCAGACUCCACACAGGCAUCUCACCCUGCCAAAUCUGAAGCAUUCAUAGACCUGACAGAGGAGGAGGAUGAUGAUGAUGUUCAAGGUAAGAUUGAUAUUCCCUUCCUUCCUUCUUCCUUUUGGUGACCAGUAUUUAUGAUAUUAUAGGGGCCAGACAUGCAGUGGGUUGUACAUAGUGACUAGUGCACUACAUCUCCCUGAGUAGUCCCCAUGUGUUGUAUGCAGUUACUGGAGUGCUGAAGGCUCCGAUGGCUUUGAAGGCCUCACCCUCGCCUUCAACAGCGUGUCAGCGAACCACAGCCACACAGCAAACAGCCACCUCCACUUCAGUCGGAACACAGGCCGGUAAGUGGUGUCUUGUGCCAACACUGUCUGUGGUUAUGUUGGCAGUAGAAUACCCAGAUUGUUUUUAUCUUUAGUUUAUUGCUGUGUUUCAGUGAGGUCAUCUCUUGGUCAGACUUCAGCCGUUGGAUCUCCACACACUGUUCAUCAUUGCCCCCUGCAGGUGAGACUACCAAAUGUUUGAAAGCAGAGCAACUUUGUCUUUCAAUACAUGGAAUACUGCAUGUUCCAGAAUGACGUUUGCCAAUUGGAAGAAAAUUACAUAUUUGCCUAUAAUCAACCAAAGAGAGUAAACAUAGCAAAUUAAUGUGAAAGUAGUACAAUUUUGUUAAAAUUCAUCUUUCAGGGCUCGCCAUCUAAAAGUGUUGCCUCAGUAACAACCACUUCUUCAUCUUCCACACCUUGCCUCCAGCCCUCUCCCCUUCCCCCUUUGCCUGUCCCACCUCAAACUAUCAGCCUGCCCCUAGAGGCGUCCAGCACCAGCCCUCCACAGCAGCCUCUGCUCAAAAUAACCCGGGUUCCGAGCCAGAAUGACGGCAUCGUGCUCUCCUGGUCUAUGACUGAGGUAGACCAGAGCUGUGCUGCCGUGGACAGCUACCACCUAUAUGCCUACCACCAGGACCACUCUGGCCACGCCGCCCCCGGCACAACCCCACUACUCUGGAAGAAGAUAGGGGAGGUGAAGGCCUUGGCCCUGCCCAUGGCCUGUACACUCACACAGUUUGUCUCUGGCUCCAAGUACUACUUUGCAGUCUGUGCCAGGGACGUGUAUGGCCGCUUUGGACCAUUCUGUGAGCCUCAGUGCACUGACGUCUUAACGUCCCCUUCACCGAAAGCUCCAAUU